UAAAACUAUAUUUGUGCUGAAAGAUUGAACCAGAGCAAAGCGCGAUUACAAUAAUGAAUGAAAAAUGGGGUUCUUUAAUGGCUUCAUCAUACUAUUUUUAUCUACAAAGAUUGCAACUUUUGACACUUUGCAUUUUCUAUCCGUACGUAGGUAUGGAGCUCAAGAUUUCCACUCCCAGUUGAAAUUUGUACUUGAAUUUGAGAUUCUGCCCUAGUUCUGUUGUUUUCAUCCCUUAAAAUAAAGUGGGUUCAUCUUAAAAAAUGAUUUUUUAGAGUGAUCUGUUCUGCUAGAUUUUGAGUAUUGAAAUAUGUUAAUAGAAGAUUCUAGAAGAGUUGCUUUGCUUUUGGGGAUCAAACAAUUUCAGCUUUGAGAAUCUUUUAUGUUGUUUAGAAAGGUUGUGUAUUGUUACAUAGAUAAUGGCAGCAAAGCCAUUGAAUAAUAUCUGGAUUAGGAGACAGCAAUGCCCUUGUGGAGAUUGGAAGUGUUACAUUAAAGCCGAUGGAGAUGAUCAAGCAGUAUAUGUUUCUCUAACGACGAAGAGUGAAACAGCAUCGUCUUCGUCCCAAGAUGCUGUCUUUACUCCAUAUGUUGGUCAGAUAUUUAAAAGUGACGAUGAGGCAUUUGAAUAUUAUAGCAACUUUGCUAGGAAGAACGGGUUUUCUAUUAGGAAAGCGCGAUCAACAGAAAGCCAGAAUUUGGGAAUCUAUAGAAGGGAUUUUGUGUGUUACCGGUCUGGAUUCAAUCAACCAAGGAAAAAGGCCAACGUGGAACACCCUCGGGACAGGAAAUCAGUACGGUGUGGAUGUGAUGCGAAACUAUACUUGACAAAAGAAAUUGUUGAUGGCGUAGCACAAUGGUAUGUUUCUCAGUUCAGUAAUGUUCAUAACCAUGAAUUAUUGGAAGAUGAUCAAGUUAGACUACUUCCUGCAUAUCGAAAAAUCCAAGAGGCUGAUCAGGAAAGGAUUCUUUUGCUGUCCAAAGCUGGUUUUCCUGUCAAUCGGAUAGUGAAGGUGCUGGAAUUAGAAAAAGGAGUUCAACCGGGUCAUUUGCCUUUCAUAGAAAAAGACGUCAGAAAUUUUGUCAGGACGUGUAAGAAAACCGUUCAGGAGAAUGAUGCUUUGAUCACAGAGAAAAGAGAAAAUGAUCUUUUCGAGCUUCUUGAGGCUUGCAAAGCAUCACAACAAAAGGAUGAGGGGUUCAUUUACAGUUUUACUACUGAUGACAAUGGCAGAGUAGAAAACAUCGCAUGGUCCUAUGGACACUCACUUCGUGCAUAUUCUUUCUUUGGUGAUGUCAUGACCUUUGACACCACAUAUCGAUCUAUCACCUAUAAUAUGGUACUUGGUGUGUUGUUUGGAAUUGACAAUAAUGGGAAUGCAAUUUUUCUUGGAUGCGUUCUGCUGCAAGAUGAGACAUCACAGUCAUUCUCUUGGGCCUUACAGUCUUUUGUUCGAUUCAUGAGAGGAAAACAACCUGAGACAAUCGUGACUGAUAUAGAUUCAGGGCUAAGAGAUGCUAUAGCAAGCGAGAUGCCUAAUACUAAGCAUGUUAUAUGUUUAUGGCAAGUUCUCUCAAAAUUAUCUAGUUGGUUCUCCUUGCCCCUUGGAUUACAGUAUCCAGAUUUUAAAUCUGAGUUUGAUAUGUUGUGUCGACUGGAAAAUGUAGAGGACUUUGAGCAUCAAUGGAAUCACCUGGUUGCUCGGUUUGGAGUUGGUUCAGAUAAGCACAUUGCUCUUCUUCUAUCUUAUCGAACAUCCUGGCCAAUUUCUUACACGCGAAACUUUUUCCUGGCCCGAACAAUGACCAUUGAGUAUUGGAAAUUGAUCGAGACAUUCAUGAAGAAUAUCUUGAGCCCUCAAUCAAGCUUACUAUUAUUCUUCGAGCAGGUUGGUCUAGCGUCCAACUUUGGGAAUCACAAUAAGGAAAAGCGACUUUAUAUGCCUGCUAAGACUUGCCUUCCUCUUGAAGAACAUGCAAGGAGUGUUCUUACGCCUUAUGCCUUCAACGUCAUGCAGCAUGAGAUUAUGCUAUCUAUGCAAUACGCAAUAACAGAAAUGGCUAAUAGCUCAUAUCUUGCGAGGCAUUACAAGAAAAUGGAAGCAGAGUGUCUUGUGAUUUGGAUACCCGAAGAUGAGGAAGUUCACUGCUCUUGUAAGGAAUUUGAGCAUUCUGGCAUUUUGUGCCGGCAUUCGAUUCGAAUGCUAGUAUCUAAAAACUACUUUCAAAUCCCAGCAAAAUAUUUUCCACUUCGAUGGAGACUCGAGAGUUCCUUAGCUCCCCCGGAUGAAUCAGUCAUUCAAAGUAGCAGUAGUGAGUAUUCUCAAGUUUUCCAUGCUCUUAGUGGAAGUCUAUAUUCAGAAUCAUUAAUUUCUAAACAGCGCGUUAAUUAUGUUAAUAGAGAGCUCAAAAAGCUCCUUGAGAAUGUACAGAAUAUGCCUACAGUGGAUGAAAUUGCUGUAAGUUCAGCACCUAUCAAUGUGAGGGAACUCUAGCACUUAUGAUGUAUUGCUUGGUGGCUAAUUUAGCAAUACUAGGGAACUAAAGCUAUUGGGAAGGAACAUUUGAGAAAGAAAUUAGGCAUGAAUGUAGUAGCAAUGAAAUGGAAGAGAUUUACUUUUAGUUUAUAGCAAAAAAUUUACACUAUCUAUGACAAGGUUACAAAUGCAUUUGGAACAAAUCAGCUUGAUUAAUUUAUGAUUCUGCCCCUUCUAGUUUUUAGUCA